AUGUGGAACGAGCCACUGGCCAAUUUCCUGAUCGCCGAGGCGCGGCUGGAGUACUACCUGGAGGAGAACCCGCCGAGCGAUGCCAACCAGGAGAAGGCUCGCCGUGAGCUGCGCGACGUGGAGCGGCUGCUGACAAUGGCAGCCACCUCUGACUGCCCACAGAAGAUGGACAUGAUGAUAGACGCCCACCUGCUGCUGGGCAAGGUGCACCACGCCAUGGGCCUGCACGAGGACGCUCUGCUCGACCUGUCGCGCGCCGGCCUCGACACGCUCGCCAAGCGUCAGCUGCCCACUCGCAGUCUGCGCGUGGUCGCCGAGUCGUACGCCGUGAAGGGCCUGUGCCUGGAGAAGGCGCCGCUGGCCAGCAGCAGCAAGUUCAAGGCGGCUGAGCGUGAGGAGGGCGUCAUUGGCUCUUUCGAGCUGGCCAGCGACCUGGCCCUGCUCUACCUGCAGGAGGUCGACAAGAGCUCCAACAUGCAGAGCACGUGGAGCGUGCACACAGCUGGCUCCUCCAGCUCGCCUCUACCGCCGCACCCGGAGAACCGGCUGGGCCUGAUCCUGGAGACGGCGCUGCAGAAGGCUCCCAUCCUCAUCCUCAAGGCCAAUCAGAUGCCCCGGGCCAUUCGGCGGUACAGGAUGAUCCUGGGCGCGGUGGAGACGUCGGCCACGCAGGGCGUCCGACUGGCCAUGGCCCGCCGGCUGGCCGAGAUCCUGCUCAGGGGCGUCAGCGACAAGGCUUACGAGAAGCUGGAGGCGAUCCUUGUCAGCGACCAAAAGAAGAGCUCGAUUGGUGGCCGGUCGGUGGUGUCGCCGUGGAAACCGCGGCGCCAGGUGGGCAGCAAUCUGUUCGUGCCCAAGGACAUCAACGAGGAGAUAGUGCUGCUGCUGCUAAUCAGCGAGGCUCUGGCGGUGCGGGAGGCCGUGCUGACCCAGUCGCCGGAGACGGCCGAGGCGCGUCAGAAGUCCUACGGCGUCGCCACCUCCGUCUACGACCUGAUGACGAUGGCGUUGGUCAGAAAGGGCCAGGCUGUCAUGCUGUGCGAGUCGCUGGAGCGGGCGCUGCGCUUCAGUUUCGAGGAGGCGCACGUGUGGCAGCAGUACGCGCUGUCGUUGGCGGCGGCCGGCCGGCCGCAGCGCGCCCAGCUGGUGCUCGAGGAGGCCUUCCGGCUGAACCCGGACAAGGCGGUGCUGCCGCUGCUGGCGGCGCGCCUCUGCUACGAGAACCUGCACCGGUUUGAGGACGGGAUGCGGUGGAGCGAGUGUUUGCGAUGGUGA